UGCUGCAAUACCAGUAGAUGUGGUGACAUUGGUUCUUGGCACGCUGCACGUUUGUUAUUAUUUUGAAAUAAAUUCUCUAUUAAAAUGGCAAAAACAAAGCGAAAUGUGAGGGCCAAGGCCAAGAGCAUGGUGGGUGCAGCCAAACAGAAAGCCCAGGAGGUGCAGGCCAAGCUACGUCAAGAGCAGUUGCUUCACAAAACACUCACGCCCAAAAAGACGACCACCAAAAAGGAAAAGUCGGCGGCCAAGCACAAGAAACUGAUCAAGCGCUUUGCCGAAACGCGGAAGGAGCACAAGGAGGAGGUGGCUCGCAAGAAUCGAGAGAAGACGAAAGUGAUCGGGGACCUGAAGCCCUUGCGGGAUGCUCUGCCCUCGCUGCAGGACAUGUACAAGCUGGUGCGGAUAAAACAAAAGGAUGCCACCGAGCAAACAGUGCUCACUGCUCCAGAAAUCCCACUCAGUGCCAACGAGAAGAUAAGGAAGAAGCGCAAGGAGCUGGUUAAUCGCGUCAAGUCCUUCGAGAAGGUCAUCAAGGAUAAGAACUUUAAAAAGAAUCCCCGCGAAGUCAUCGCCGCCCAUGUGCGCAACAAGUACGAGGCGAUGGAGGAUGAGAACGAUGAAUAGGAGUCGAGGGGAAAUGUUUACAAAUAUGUGUCAUGCCCGCCCAAAAACCACAAUUUUGUAAUUUAAUUUUUUGUAAGAAAUAUUUUUAGAACACAUAAUUUGUAGUGUUAAAGAAAAAUUAGUCGUUUAUGUGCCUAAAAAACCUACAGCAAAUCAUAUUUUUAACUAUGAUACAUAAUUUUUAAAAAAUAUAUUUAAUAUAUAUUUGGUUAAAGCAAACAAGGCCUUUUAUUUUAUUUAUUUAUUUAAGAAGUCUUUGUUUUAGAGACCUGGAUUAAACCUCUUCAAUAGUCCUGACUAAAGAUAUACAAUCUAUAUUUGACGGUAAAGUUUAAAAUAUUAGAGCUGGAAAUAAAAUAAGUUCCAAGUCAUUGAAUUAGCAAAACCAUGAACAAAAUAUAAAUAUAUAAUUUUAAUUAUUUAACUGUUCGAUUUAGUUCGAUUAAUUGUUAAGUUUAGAAAUAAUCGAUUUUUUCGAUAUACAUAUGUAACUUAGCAUUCUGUUCGAUACUCCAAACCAAUAUAAUCAAUAUUUUCGAUGGUAUUAAUAUUUUAAAGUUAAACAAGCAUAUCUAGUGACAUACCAAAGUUAAAUAUAUUUUUAAUAUUGAUAUUUCCUUUGUAUCUAUAAAAUCUUGAUUACAUUUCCUUCUUAUAUCCCCAAUGAAAAAACACAAAAUUGAUUUCUUUAUUAAGAUGUAUCUUUAUUAUAUAUGCAUUAGGUAUAGUUAUCAUUUAACGAUGCAUUUUAAAUAUUACACGUACGAAUGUAAGUUUAAGCAUUAAAUCGUAAAUCGAGGGUUAACAGAACGCGAUUAGAAUUAGACAAGAUUUGAAUGUGAACUCGAAGUUUUGUAUUAUUUUGGGCCUCUGCAUUUGUUUUUGCCAUUAGCGGGGCUUUUUCUGUGUGAUUUUUGUAAUCUAGAGCUACAUCAUAAUAUGUAUGUAUCGUAGAUAUAUAUAUGCAUAUGCCGGGUUUAUAGUUUCGAAUGUCGUCAACUUGGUGUUGUUCUUCUUACAGUGAAAAUACGGAGCUUGUGAACUCGAAGGAUCUCUAUGCGUCCGUAGUGUUAAUCUACAGCUAUUUUAUUGGUUAUUGGUAUUAUCGGGAUUAGCUGGGUGUGGUUGGCUCCUUACUUGUGAGAUCAUUUUAAAACUUUAGUCAAACACACAUCGGCUGUCUUGUCUGCGAUUCAUUUCAACUUCACGAACAGCAAAAAUUAACAUAGCUAUUGAAAAAGAGUCCCAAAUACAAUGGCUUUAUAGAUAUCAUCAUAAUCAUGUACAAAAUGUGGGUGAAUCCUACACAUUAGUCGUCUCUAAGCUUGGGUUACAACCUACCGCGUUAUGUCUGGGUAAUCGCGAUUGAAAAUGUAUUCUGACGGGCGCGAAAUUAUACAUAUACAUUCAUAGAAAAUAUAUCAACUAACUCUAGGUCGAUUUUUGUUUUUUUUUUCGGUUUUUGCACAUUCAAGAG